AUGUUUACCGUUCCUAGGGCACCUAUAACUCUGCCCAGCAUGAAUCCCUGGGAGUCACAAGCUCUGGCACACAACUUCCCCGGCGACACUUCACCCAGCGCUGACGACAAGGAAGCUGCACGUUCCCGCCUCCAGUCUCAACAGGAUCCUAUCAUUUAUCCUGGCCUCUACGCGCCUAGUGGGAUAGACAUCAUGUCGGUUUUGUUUAACGUCUUUACUCGCGCGGAUCCAACUGUUCAACUCGGGCCUGUAGAUUGCUCUGCUGCCGUCACCGUCAGCAACCUCGAUCUUCCAGGCAGCCCCAUCGUCUACGCAAACGAGGCUUUUUCCGAGUUGACCGGCUACACUACCAGUGAAGUUGUGGGUAAGAAUCCUCAAUUUCUACAUUCACCUCAAAGAAUAUGCUCUCUGCCAGGCAUUCUGCUCGACCAGCAUAGCACCGCCAUCCGGAGGCUAGAAGAGGCAGAGGCCAACCGAAACGAAAUUCAGCUCUACAUCACCAACUUCAAGAAAAAUGGCCAGCGUUUUACCAAUCUUCUCAGCAUGAUACCGAUUCGCCUCCCAAAUGAUGGCACACAAUAUUGCGUCGGCUUCCAUGUGUCUGCGGACUAG